AUGUCAACUACAAGCUUUGAUAACUUGGUUAAAGCCAUAAAGAAAGGAAAAAAGGUUACUUUCUUUAAUGGUGCAGGUAUAUCAACAUCUGCUGGCAUUCCUGAUUUUAGAUCGCCAGAUACUGGAUUAUACUCUAAUUUAGCAAAAUUAAAUCUACCGUAUGCUGAAGCAGUGUUUGAUAUUGAAUAUUUUAGGGAAGAUCCGAAAGCAUUUUAUACUUUAGUCAAGGAACUUAUGCCUGGCCAAUUUCCACCAACCAAAUUUCAUUAUUUGCUCAAAUUGUUUCAAGAUAAAGGUCAAUUAAAAAGGGUUUAUACACAAAACAUAGAUACAUUGGAGAGGCUUGCUGGCAUUGAUGAUGAAUAUAUAGUUGAAGCUCAUGGAUCUUUCGCAUCUAACCGCUGUAUUGAUUGCAAGAAAGAGAUGUCGUCCGAAACUGUCAAGAAAUUGAUGAAUAAAGGUAUACCAAGUUGUGAAACUUGCGAUGGAUAUGUGAAACCUGAUAUUGUAUUUUUCGGAGAAGGGUUACCAGAGAAGUUUUUUAGCUGCUGGAACGGAGAUUGUGAAGAUGUAGAUAUUGCGAUAAUUGCUGGAACUUCAUUGACUGUUCAUCCCUUUGCGUCAUUGCCUCUGGAGGUUCAUAAAAACUGUAUUAGAGUCUUAGCGAAUAAGGAAAAAGUUGGCGAUUUGGGAAGUAGAAAGAAUGAUAUUUUGGCUGUUUGUGGAUGUGAUGAGUUCGCUGAGAAGCUUGCUCGAAUAUUACAAUGGGAUGUAGAGUUGAAUAAAAUGUAUGAAGAUGGUCAAAAGAAGUAUGGCAAGCAAGAGAAUUCAACAGAAGAGAAAACGAAUGAAAUUAAAACCAAGCUCAAAGAGAAUGAUGAAAAAGAUGUAAAGGAUGAAGAAGCAAAUGAGAAUGAAGAUGUUUCAAAAUUGGUGGAGAAAUUAAAAAUUUAA